AUGGUGAAGCACUACAGACCCGCCGGGAAGAAAAAGGAGGGAAAUGCUGCUAAGUUUCUCACCAGGACACAAGCACUCAAGCAACUUCAAAUCAGUUUACCCCUUUUCAGGAAAUUGUGCAUUUUGAAAGGUGUAACUCCUCGGGAACCUAAGAAAAAGUUCAAAGGGAAUGAUAAAACUUACUACCAUGUGAAAGAUAUUAGCUUUCUACAUCACGAGCCUUUGCUGGAAAUUCAUAGAGCAAUAAGAGUACAUGAAAGGAAAAUUAAGAAAGCAGAGGGAAAGAAAAACCUUGAACGUGCAAAUAGGUUGCGCGAGAAAACACCCAAACCCAAAAUCGAUAGGAUAAUUCGACAGAGGUACCCAAGAUUCGUGGAUGCCCUCGGAGAAUUGGAUGACUGCCUUACUAUGGUACAUCUUUUUGCGGCAUUACCUGCUACUGAGAGCCAAAAAAUUGAUGUGGAGCGGGUCCACAAAUGUCGAAGAUUGGCACAUGAAUGGCAAGCGUUCGUAUCCCGUACUCACAAAUUGAGAAAAACAUUUGUGUCUGUUAAAGGGAUAUACUACCAGGCGGAAGUUGAGGGCCAGAGAAUAACAUGGUUAACUCCUCAUUCACUGCAGCAGGUUGUGUCUAAUGAUGUUGACAUUCCUACUAUGCUAAACUUUCUGCAAAUAUAUGAGCCUCUUCUUUGUUUUAUCAAUUUCCACCUCUACCAUUCCAUAAAAUUGAAGUAUCCUCCAAUUCUUGAUCCUCGCUUGGAGGCUUUGGCAGCAGAUCUAUAUGCACUGUCACGAUAUGCCAAUGCCAACACCAGACCGGCCAUACUGAAUUCUGAAGCUUCUCAAUCAGUUGAAUCUAAAAAACUGGAGUCCAAGCCAAUUGGGGCAGAGACCGAAAACGUAAAUUCUGAACUAAGACUUGCUCAACUUCAGCAUCAACUGCCUUCUAAUGAACCUGGUGCACUAAUGCACCUUGUUGAGAAAGCUGCUGGUGAAGAUGAAGAGGAAUAUGAUGAAGAGACACGGCAAUGCAAAAAUCUCUUUCAAAAUCUCAAAAUCUUCUUGAGCAGGGAGGUACCAAGGGAAUCAUUGCUUUUUGUUAUUCCUGCUUUUGGUGGUAUAGUUUCAUGGGAGGGUGAAGGGGCGCCUUUUGUGGAAUCUGAUCAGGGCAUUACUCAUCAGAUUGUUGAUAGGGAAGCUCAAGGGCAUAGGUUCCUCUCAAGAGAAUAUGUUCAACCACAAUGGGUAUUUGACUGUGUGAAUGCUAGGAUAAUUCUGCCAACUGAAAACUAUCUUGUCGGAAGGAUUCCUCCACCACAUUUGUCUCCUUUUGUUGACUACGAUGAAGAAGGAGCAUAUGUUCCGGAGUAUGCAAAGACUAUUAAGCACUUGCAAGCUGCUGCCAGAAAGGAAGUUCUCCCACUUCCUGGUCUUGAAAAAGAUUUGGAAGAUCCUCAAAAUCUUCUGGCUGAUGGUGUCAUUGAUAGAGCAGCAGCUAAUCAUGCGUCUAAGGAAAAGCAGAAGAUGAUGAUUCAUGAGCUGCGAUACCAGGAGGAUUUGAAGAAAGAACUUCAAGGUGCCACAUAUACUUCAGCAGGCUCUACUGCCAGAGAAGAAACAUCUGCCGGAUUGAUUCAGACUGGUGAAUCAACUAAUAAUGGUCAAGCAAACGUUGAUGAUGGUACUGAGAUGAGUAAGCUUUUGAUGUCACGUAAAAAGAGGAAGCUGUUGGAAGCCAUGCUGAUAUCUAAUGAACGCAAUCAAACUAAAAAUGAUGUUAUUGCUCAACGGAAAAAGAAAAUAGACGAAGCUCAGAAUCAAAGGAAUUGA